AUGGAAUGCAUUCCCUUAAAGCUUCCCUUCCUCUUUCUUGCUCUCUCAAUUGCUAUCUCAACCUCCGUGGCAGAAGAUCUGGGAACCUAUAUAAUCCACAUGGAUAAAUCAGCCAUGCCAAUUCCCUUCUCCAGUCAUCAUGACUGGUACUUAUCAACCCUCUCAUCCUUCUACUCACCAGAUGGUAUUCUCCCAACCCAUCUCUACACCUAUAACCAUGUGUUGGAUGGUUUCAGUGCAGUGCUGUCCCGUGCACACCUUGAUCAACUGGAGAAGAUGGCAGGUCACUUGGCAACAUACCCAGAUAGCUUUGGAAAACUACACACCACACACACCCCAAAGUUUCUUGGUCUGGAGAAAAAAGUUGGGUCCUGGCCGAAAGGUAAGUUCGGUGAAGACAUGAUUAUUGGUAUACUUGACAGUGGAAUUUGGCCAGAGAGUGAGAGUUUCAAGGAUAAGGGAAUGGCUCCGGUGCCAGAUAGAUGGAGAGGUGCCUGUGAAUCUGGGGUGGAAUUUAACUCUUCUUAUUGUAACCGAAAACUAAUUGGAGCACGGUCUUUCAGUAAAGGGAUGAAGCAACGAGGCUUGAAUAUAUCCUUGCCUGAUGAUUACGAUUCUCCCAGGGAUUUCCUUGGACACGGGACUCACACAUCGUCAACCGCAGCUGGGAGUCCAGUGAGAGAUGCCAAUUAUUUUGGCUAUGCAAAAGGAACGGCUACUGGCGUUGCACCCAAGGCUAGGCUUGCCAUGUACAAAGUUUUUUUCUUCAGUGACAGCAAUGAUCCGGAAGCGGCUGCCUCAGACACAUUAGCCGGAAUGGACCAAGCCAUCGCAGACGGUGUCGAUCUUAUGUCUCUAUCACUGGGAUUCUUCGAGACAACUUUUGACGAAAACCCAAUUGCAGUGGGAGCUUUUGCAGCCAUGGAGAAAGGGAUUUUUGUGUCUUGUUCAGCUGGGAACGCUGGUCCUCAUGGUUACACUAUCUUCAAUGGAGCUCCUUGGAUUACAACCAUUGGUGCAGGGACUAUUGAUCGAGAUUAUGCCGCUGAUGUGACACUAGGCAAUGGCAUCUUAAGAGUCAGAGGAAAAUCUGUCUACCCAGAAGACGUGUUCAUCUCUAACGUUCCUCUCUACUUUGGCCAUGGAAAUGCAAGCAAGGAAACCUGCGACUACAAUGCUCUAGAGCCCCAAGAAGUUGCAGGCAAGAUUGUGUUCUGUGACUUUCCAGGAGGCUAUCAGCAGGAUGAAAUAGAGAGAGUAGGAGCUGCAGGAGCCAUCUUCAGUACAGACUCACAAAUUUUUCUCGGGCCGAGAUAUUUUUAUAUACCAUUCGUGGCUGUAAGCCAUAAAGAUGGAGAUUUGGUGAAGGACUACAUAAUCAAAUCAGAGAAUCCUGUAGUUGAUAUUAAGUUCCAAAUAACAGUAUUGGGUGCUAAACCAGCUCCUAUGGUGGCUUGGUUCUCUUCACGAGGUCCUAGUCGUAGGGCUCCAAUGAUAUUGAAGCCUGAUAUAUUGGCUCCUGGGGUGGAUAUCUUAGCUGCAUGGGCACCCAACAGAGGAAUUACACCAAUAGGGGACGAUUACCUACUCACCGAUUACACUCUCUUGUCUGGAACCUCUAUGGCCUCUCCCCAUGCAGUUGGGGUAGCUGCACUGCUGAAAUCAGCACACCCAGAUUGGAGCCCAGCUGCCGUUCGCUCGGCAAUGAUGACAACAGCAUACCUGCUUGAUAACACUCAAGGACCAAUCAUGGAUAUGACCACUGGAGUUGCAGGGACUCCUCUCGAUUUUGGAGCAGGGCACAUAAACCCCAACAUGGCCAUGGAUCCUGGUCUAGUUUAUGAUAUAGAGGCCCAAGACUAUAUCAAUUUCCUGUGUGGAUUGAACUACACCAGCAAACAGAUUAAGAUCAUCACCAGGAGAUCAAAGUUCAGCUGUGAUCAAGCCAAUCUAGACCUAAAUUACCCUUCAUUUAUGGUCCUCCUCAACAAUACUAACACUACAAGCUACACCUUCAAGAGGGUGUUGACAAAUGUAGAGAAUACCCAUACCGUUUAUCAUGCCAGUGUGAAGCAACCGUCAGGGAUGAAAGUUUCUGUGCAGCCCUCUAUAGUUUCAUUUGCUGGUAAAUACAGCAAGGCUGAAUUCAACAUGACGGUAGAGAUCAAUCUGGGAGAUGCCAAACCGCAGAGUGAUUAUAUUGGGAAUUUCGGGUAUCUAACAUGGUGGGAGGUUAAUGGGACGCAUGUUGUGAGAAGUCCUAUUGUCUCCGCUAUUGCACCUUAUAUAAGAGAUGAAGCCGUAGAGGAGAAGGGGCACUGGAAGUUUGUGAACCACCAAAACUCGAAGGCCUCUUGUGAAGAGCACUUGUCUGAAGAUUUUCAUCAGGCCCUAGCCCCUCUUGUCCUUGCUGACUCAAACGACCGCUCCUUUUAUGCUGAUUUUGGAGCCGUGCCUCAUAUGACAAAUGACACCGAGUAUUUUAGUUGGUGUGAGGGAGGAAAAAAAAGUCGUAUUGAUCAUGGAGAUAGGGAUUCAAGCGAGGAAGAAGAAGAAGAAGUGGCUGUCGGAAUUAGGGCAAAUGGAAAGAAUGAAGGACCAUUGUACCAGAGGAAGAAGAAGAAGGAGCAGCAGCAGCAGCAGCAGCCGUCAGAAUUAGGGCAAGAAUUAGGGGAAAUGGGAAAUAAUGAACAUGCUGGUUUGUCUGAAUCAAAGCCCAUGACUUCCCCAAUGGUUGUUGGUCAUGUUCUCUCCAUAGCUGAUGGUACCAGAUUAGAAGAUCCCACCUUGUAUCGGAGUCUUGUGGGUGCCCUACAGUAUUGCACAAUUACUAAACCAGACAUUGCUUAUACUAUUAAUAAGUUUUUCCAAUUUAUGCAUGCUCCAACCUCUACUCAUCUUCAAGCCGUGAAGCGUGUUCUUCGUUAUCUCAAAGAUGCGGAUGGGGCAUCUUGCCCUGAUGAUAGACGUAGCACCAAUGGCUACUGUAUAUUUUUUAGAGGCAAUUUGAUCUCUUGGUCAGCUUCUAAACGAAAGGUGGUUUCUCGCUCUAGUAUUGAAUCCGAAUAUAGGGGCUUGGCUAAUGCAGCAGUUGAACUCACUUGGAUCCAGGCUCUACUUAAAGAACUCUUUGUUCCCCUGUUUCAGCCACCUAAAACUCUUAAUGUUCGAUUUCUUCCAUCUGAAGACCAGGUUGCUGAUAUCUUGACCAAAGCUCUCUCCACUCAACGUUUCCUCCAUCUUCGAAGCAAGCUCACAGUUCUUUCUCGCCCUAUGUGCUUGAGGGGGAUGUCAAGUAAAGUGGUUUUUAGUAGUUAA